AUGAAGGUCGCAAUUGUUGGCGCAACAGGCCAGACAGGCUCCGUCAUUGUCAAGGCCCUUCUCGAGUCAACGACGCCGAAAUUUGAAGUCACAGCCCUCACAAGGCCGUCGUCGUUGCAGAAACCUCAAGUUCUUGAGCUAGCCGAGAAAGGGGUCAACAUUGUCGCUGCCGACCUCGCGGGCUCCGAGGAAGAAUUGAAGAAAGUGCUUACAGGUAUUGAGGUCGUAAUCUCGACCAUCUAUGGAGCCAGUGUGACGGCCGAGAUACCCCUUAUCAAUGCCGCCAAGGCUGUAGGUGUUCAACGAUACGUGCCCUGUUUCUUUGCAACUGUUGCACCACCUACAGGCGCUCUUCGACUUCGCGAACUGAAAGAGGAGACUCUCAAUCAUAUCAAGAAGAUCAAGCUCCCAUACACUAUUAUCGACGUUGGCUGGUGGUAUCAGGUCAAUCUUCCCCGGCUCCCAUCCGGCCGCAUCGACUAUGCAGUCAUGGAAACCAAUGAUGGCAUUGCAAUCGACGGGAACGUGCCGGUAGCGUUUACCGACCUGCGCGACGUUGGGCCAUAUACUGCCCGAAUCAUCUCCGAUCCUCGAACCCUGAAUCGCAUGGUCUUUGCAUACAACGAAGUCUUGACCUUUAACCAGGUGUACGAUAUAGCUGAGAGAGUGAGCGGUGAGAAGCUCCAUCGUAAAUAUGCAAGUCUAUCUGCUAUCUUUGGGUUAGUCCCUGCUGCGGAAGUCGAAGCUCAAGUCCGCGAAUGGGAAGAAAAGAACCCAGCCCCCGAUUCAGUCGACUUCGUAACGUUGUCGCAGCUGCAGUACUGGCAUUCUUGUUGUGUCCGUGGAGACAAUACUCCUGAAAAUGCCCAGUACCUCGGAUACCUACUCGCUAAGGAUCUCUAUCCCGAGUUCGUCGGAAUUACGCUGGAGACUUACGCCAGGGACCUUCUCGAAGGAAAGGGGAAGAAAGUGUAUGAGCAUAUUCUGGACCUGCCAUCCAUCAAAGCUGCCAACAAGGCCCUGCAAUGA